CUUCUGCAUAUUUCUUUCUCAUACAGCCCAAGUCUCAAUCUAUAUCACUCAAACAUGUCGAGCGACCUGCCUCUUCUCAAGAACUUUAUCGGAAACCAGGCACAGGCAGCCUCAAGCACCAGCACUCUGGCGGUGACGACUCCGCACACAGGCGAGACGAUCGCCUAUGUGCCGCUGUCGACCUCGGCAGACAUGGCACAGGCGGUGGAGUCGGCCAAGGCAGCAUUCCCCAAGUGGUCCAGCCUGACAUUCAAGGCACGGUCGGCAUACCUGCUGGCCUUGUACAACGAGCUCAAGUCGCAUACAGACGAGCUGGCAGACCUUGUGGUGCGGGAGCACGGCAAGAACAAGACCGAGGCCAUCGGCGAUGUGUCCAAGGGCCUGGAGACGCUCGAGUACGCGCUGAGCCUGCCGCAGCUGGUGCAGGGUAAGAACGAGUACGUCAGCUCGGGGAUCCUAUGCCGCGACGAGCGGGUCGCCCUGGGCGUGGUGGGCGGCAUCGUGCCGUUCAACUUCCCCUUCAUGGUGCCGUUCUGGGCCAUCCCGAUUGCUCUGGGCAUGGGCAACACGUAUGUGCUGAAGCCCUCGGAGAAGGUGCCGCUGACCAUGACGCGUGUGGCCGAGCUGGCGAAGCCGAUUCUGCCUGCGGGUGUGCUCAACAUCGUGCAUGGCGACAAGGAUGCGGCAGCGGCAUUGCUGGAGCACCCGGAUGUGGCUGCCGUGACGUUUGUCGGCACUUCGGCCAUUGCCGAGCAGGUGCACUGGCGCGGAACCCGUCUGAACAAGCGUGUGCUGGCUCUGGGCGGCGCCAAGAACUGCCUGGUAGCGCUGCCCGACUGCGACAUUGAGCUGACGGCCCAGGACGUGGUCAAUUCGUUCACCGGAUGCGCCGGCGAGCGCUGCAUGGCUGCCAGCGUGCUCCUGGUAGUUGGCGACCAGCCGGAGCUGAUCCGCCGCAUUGUGGCCAAGGCCAGCCAGCUGAAGCCGGGUAGCGACAGUGAUGCGCGCGCCAUGGGCCCGGUGAUCGACCAGCAGGCAGUCGACCGGAUCUGCAGCGCCAUUUCUGGUGCUGAGACCGAAGGCGCCCAAAUCCUGCUCGAUGGGCGGAUCUCCGAGGCAUUCAGUGCGCAGAGCCAGAUGUCCGGCGGGUUCUGGGUGGGUCCGACCGUGAUCCGCCAGAACUCCGCCAACGACACUGCCAUGCAUUUCGAGAUCUUUGGUCCCGUGCUGUCCAUUUUGCAGGUGGCCAGUGCUGACGAGGCGCUGAGGGUCGAGAACGCAAACACCUACGGCAAUGCCGCCUGUGUCUAUACGCAGUCGGGCGGCGCUGCCGAGUACUUCUCGCAGCGGUUCCAGGCUGCCAUGAUUGGCGUCAAUAUUGGCGUGCCGGUCCCGCGCGAGCCGUUCUCGUUCGGCGGCAUCAACCGCAGCAAGUUUGGCUUCGGCGAUAUCACCGGCGACGGCGGCAUCGAGUUCUUCUCUUAUCGCCGCAAGAUCACCACCAAGUGGGCAGCCGCAAAGGAAGCGUCGUGGAUGAGCUAAGGUUGGCCCAUCUGGUACUUUUCUAACAGCACACUGUGGCUGGAUCGAUCCAGUGUGGUUUGGCUCUAGCUCAAGAUCACAUUUCCUUCGCACGCUCUCAACAAUUUUUUUCCGUCUCCCGGAGUAUUGCUUAAAUACGUCGAGUGUUUGGGGACGGUUACACUGGAGCGAUCCGAACUGGCUGCACCACUCAGCGCCCAGCCAGCACCGAAAAAGAGCCUUUAUCGUGCAAACGGAAGAGCCUGGCGCACUGACUGCUGGAAGGAGGUAUAAAAAUUU